UUCAUCAAUGUCUAAAAAGAGACUGUGCAAGGAGCUGUCAUACUCACUACCAGUUUACUGACAAGUCCCACUCCAGGCUCGACCAAGAGGAAAAGAUGCUAGAACCACAGGAGAAUGGCUUGAUUGACAUACCAGAUUAUGAGCAUAUUGAAGAUGAAACUUUUCCUCCGUUCCCGCCUCCAGCCUCUCCAGAGAGAGAAGAUGGUGAAGGCGCUGAACCUGAAGAAGAGUCAGGGAGAGGAGUGUCUGUUCCCGUACCUCCGAAGAGAACCGUUAAAAGGAAUAUACCCAAGCUGAAUGCUGAGAGAUUAAUUUCAGAGAGAGGGCUCCCAGCAUUAAGGCAUAUGUUUGAGAAGGCAAAAUUCAAAGGUAAAGGUCAUGAGGCUGAGGACUUGAAGACCCUAAUCAGACACAUGGAGCACUGAGCACAUAGACUCUUUCCUAAACUGAAAUUUGAAGAUUUUAUUGACAGAGUUGAAUAUCUGGGAAAUAAAAAGGAAGUUCAGACCUGUUUAAAAAGAAUUCGACUUGAUCUCCCUAUUUUACAUGAAGAUUUUGUUAGCAAUAAUGAUGAAGUAGAGGAAAAUAAUGGCCAUGAUGUAACUGCUACUGAAUUAGAUCCCUUUCUGACAAACUCACAUGAAAGUGUAGAGUUUGCUUCUGAGUCAAGUAGAAGCCUAACAGAAGAACAGCAAAGAAUUGAGAGAAAUAGACAACUGGCCUUGGAAAGAAGACAGGCAAAGCUACUGAGUAACAGUCAGUCCCUAGGAAACGACUUGUUGGUGAACACGCCCAGCACACAGCCACCUGAAGAGGGCAGUACAGGUGAGGAGCAAAAGGAGGAAGAAUCAAAUGGAUUUAACAAAGACCUUCUGGAUAGUCCACGUAAUGAUGGUGCUGCCAGUACUGUAAAUGAAGAGGAGGGAUUAAAAGUCGAGAAAACGCAACUGGACCAAGCCUUUUAAAAUUUACAGUAGUUACUUAGGCUUCAUCUAGAAAUAGUCCUGAAGUUGGAUAGGCCUCAAAUGAGAAAAUCUGUUAAGCUGCUAUCUUCCAAAUUUGAGAUGACUGUGCAGUGCAUUUUGUCUGCUUUGAAU